AUGUUGGCAUUUCCUUGGCUCCCAGGGCAGCUGCCCACCAACACCUCUCCUCCAGGGUCCAUCAUGGCUAUUUGGCUGGACAGAAUCCAUAACUUCUCCGUUGAUUUCAGCGUCUCACCAGGGACUCCUCAUCCGUGUCUUCCAAAUCAGUGUCAAAGAGAUUGUGAGCUGGGUGUGUGGUGCUCUGAGGGGUCUCAGGCUGGCAGCUCCCUGGGCCCAGCCAUCUCCUUAGUGCUGCCCAUCAUCUAUGCCCUUAUCUGUGCUACUGGUGUCCUGGCAAAUGGACUGGUGAUCUCCAUAGUGCUGGGCUGCAAGCAGAAGAUCGUGUCAGACAUCUACAUCCUGAACUUGGCAGUGGCCGACUUACUUUUUCUGGUUGGGAUGCCAUUCAUCAUUCAUCAGCUUCUUCAGGAGCAAGGCUGGGUUUUUGGAGAUUUCCUGUGUUGGGCGGCUACUACCAUGGAUCUCAAUAACCAGUUCAGCAGUGUGGCCAUUGUCACCUUGCUCUGCAUAGACAGAUACGUGGCAGUGGUAUACUCCUCUACCAUCGGCCAGAAACGGACCUUGCGCUGUACAACUCUGAUCAAUGCUGGUGUAUGGGCUGGAAGCCUAGCUCUGGCCACGCCUGCCAUGCUGUAUGCCCGAGUGCAAUGGGAUAACAAGACUGAGAUCUGUCUCCUUGACUUACCAGGUCCUCACAGUAUGUACUGGUACACCCUCUACCAAUCACUGGUAGCCUUCCUAUUGCCCUUGCUGGUGAUUACCGUGCUGUAUUCGUUGACUCUGCACCACCUCUUCCGUGCCAUGCGACGUGUGCAUAGGAAGGCAUCUGCUCGCAGCCGGAAGGUGACCCGCAUGGCACUUACAAUCAUUGCUGCCUUUUUUUUCUGCUGGACACCCUACCAUGUGCUGCAGUUGGUCAACCUAACAGCCACACCUUCUGCUACCUUCUUCUACUUGUAUCAGGCUACUAUAUGCCUCAGCUACGCCCACAGCUGUGUCAGUCCCAUUCUGGUUAUUUUCUGCACUGAGUUCUUCCGUGAGAGGAUGGCGCAAUCCAGGUACAGGUACUGCAGAUUUCUCACCAGGUGGAGAAGGACAAGGGGAAGAACUUCCUUUUCUGUCCCAGAAAUCACAGCCACGGUGUAUAGCCCACAAGUCAGCCACGUUAUGUCUCCAUGCUAUCACAAUCCAUUUGGGCCAGAAAAGCCUUUGUGUUCCCUCUCUGAGACCACUGGAUUCAGUGAUGUUGUCAGCGGGCAUGAGGAAGGUGUUGAGGUUCAAGAGCCUGUGUGA